ACGAACAACAGCGAAACAAACGGUUCUUACCAAAUGAAUCUGACUAAUUAGUUCGAAUUAUUGUUUGGCGAAAAUUGCUCAAUGUGCUGCAAGAUGUCUGAAAUGAAACUCCCCAUCUGCCCCGACGAGGAAAUCCCCCGUCCAAAAAGUUGUCUCGGCGUUCGUCACUCCCAAUUCUUUCUCAUGUCGUUCACCCUUGUGAUUUUUUUCGGCAUGAGAACAGCCCUCUCUGUCGGAAUCAUCGCCAUGACCGAGAAAACUCCCCCAGAUCCUAGCAUACCCACUUAUCCCGAAUGGAGCGACAGCGACGUUGACACAAUCCUUUCAUCAUUCUUCUGGGGGUACCUCGUCACCCAAAUCGUCGCCGGCCAAUUGAGCGAGUACUUCGGCCCCAAGUGGUUCCUCGUGGGUACCAUGCUCCUAGGCUCUGUUUUCAACAUCGUAAUCCCAGCUUUGGCCGCUUGUUGGGGCUCAGGAGGAGUGAUUCUUUGUCGGGUGGUACAAGGUCUAGCUCAGGGAUUUUUGUACCCUUGUAUUUUGAACCUUGUGAGUAAAUGGACACCGUCGUGUGAACGGUCGCGAGUUAUGAGUUUUGUCUACGGAGGCGCUUCAAUCGGAAUUAUCACGUCUAUGCCCUUGACUGGGGCUAUAGCGGGGUCUACGUGGGGGUGGACAGUCGCGUGUUACCUCUAUGGCGGUUUGGGGGUUGCUUGGAGUGGCAUUUUUGCAUUUUUUGCUGCAAACUCUCCAAAUUGUCACAACUGUAUCUCCGAGAACGAAAAGUUGUAUAUUGAAAGUAGUACCUGUGUCAAUAAUCGAUGCACAAAAAAAAUCCCAACACCAUGGAAGGCUAUUUUUACCUCAAUGCCCAUGUGGGCCAUAUUUAUGGCCAGUUGUGGCUCCAGUUGGGGCUCUUUCACCCUCCUCACCGAAAUACCAAGCUACAUGUCCAGUGUCAUGAACUUCAAAAUUAAAGAGAAUAGUCAAUUAUCUUCUCUCCCUUAUGUGGCUUUGCUUUUCGCGGGUCUGCUCGGAGCCCCAAUAGCCGAUCGUCUCAUUACCAAAAAAAUCUUCAGUAUUAACACAACUCGAAAAAUUUUUACCUCUCUUGGGUCCUUUAUCCCAGCUGGGGCUUUAAUUUACUUGGGUUUUAUCGAAAGUGACCAGAAGGAUCUCGCAACGGGUCUUUUAGUUGUAGCUGUUGGUACCAGUGCGUUUACCCAAAGUGGGUACUUGGUGAACCCUAUUGAUAUUUCCCCCAAUCAUGCCGGUACUAUCACCGGAAUAGUCAACUGUUUUUCGACAUUCUUCUCAAUUUUGGGGCCCUUAUCGGUCGAUUGGUUCGGAAGCAGAAAAGACGACACAGAACUCUGGUGGAACGUGUUUAGACUUGCCGCAGGUAUUUAUAUCUUUUGCGGCAUUUUUUACGUUUUGUUUUCUUCUGGAGCAAUACAGCCAUGGGAUGAUAACGAUAAUAAUAAUAAACAAGACGAAAAACGAAUUUCUGAAAAAGAGAAAAAGACUGAAGUGUAUGUCAUGGACAGUUGAGUGAAUCUUUUUUUAGUUUAUUUUAAUUUAUUGCAAAUUAUUUUAUUAAAAAAAUUAAUUUUGAUAUGAG